AUGCCGGGGCGACAAUCGCAUGGCCGGCCGCUUGCCGCCGCGCCCAAGACCAAAGCGGGCGGGAAGAAGAGCUCCAAGGCGAGGUCGCAGAAGAAUGCGCUCAAUGCCUUUGGAAUUGCCCAGGAUAUGUACCCCAAGAAACAGAAGAAAACGCCGCGAGCAAGGGAACUCGAUGCCGAAAUCGAGAGAAAACAUGGGCGAGACGAAGACGAAGACGAGAAACAACAGCCCGGAAGAAAGAAGGCCAAGGGUCCAUCACCAGCCGACGGCGGCGGCGAGGAUGGCAGCGACAGCGAAGGCAAUGAAUGGCGCCUGGGAGGGUUGAGGGACGACGACGACGAUUCUGAAAUAGAGAGCGACGACGCAUUUGGAGACAGCGACAACGAGAAAUUUGAGGAGUACUCGUUCCGGGGAAGCAAGUCCAAGCCUAACAAUGAUCCCGAAGACGACUCGUGUGAUGACCAAGGCGAAACGCUCGGCGCGGACGCCAUUGAUUUGGCGACCGCUCUGGAUCAGUGGGAAGAAGAAUCAGACGACGAGCCACAGGCAGAUGACGAACCUGGCUCUGGGGAUUCAGAAGAGGAAGAGGACGAGGACGAGGACGAGGACGAGUCGGAGGAUGAGGAUGACGACGACGGUGCUGCAGCCGAUGCCGAAAAGUUGAAUGCAUUAAAGGGACUCAUUUCACAGUACGCCGGCGACAAGGCUGACGACGACGAGCCGAAAUCGAGCGCCGGGCAGAAGCUAUCUCUCGGGGACCUGGGCCUUUCUGGGCUGAAGGACCCAUUGAUGAAGAAGUCACUCAAGCUGAUGAACAAGGAGGCCAAGGAAAAGCGACCAGGUGCAGCCAAAAAAUUGGCCGUGCCACUAUCUCGACGUGAGCAAGGUCGGCUGGACCGAAGCGUUGCAUACGACAAGACCAAUGAAACCCUGGACAGAUGGACGGAAACCGUCAAGCAAAACCGCAGGGCCGAACACCUCGUGUUUCCGCUUCCUCAAAACUCGCCCACUGCCGGCCUAGAUACCUCGGAGAUUCAGCCUCUCAGCUCAGCCAAGCCCAGCAAUGAGCUCGAGUCUGCCGUCAUGUCCAUCAUGGAGCAGAGCGGCCUUUCUAUGAACAAGGAACUCAAGCCCAAGCCCCGAGAGUACGAUGAGGAGGGAAACAUGCUGUCGCGAAACGAAGCCCUGGCGCGAAAACGAAUGGAGCGAGAACUCAACUCCAGGGAAGCCAAGCGAGCCAAGCGCAUCAAGAAGAUCAAGAGCAAGGCCUACCACAGAGUUCACCGAAAACAACGGGAACGUGACGAAAUAGCCGCCAAGGAAGCCAUGGACGAAGCUGGAGAGAUUGAUUCCGAAGAGGAAAGAGAAGCGCAGGACCGCCGGCGCGCGCUGGAACGUGUUGGCCUGCGACACAAGGAGAGCAAAUGGGCCAAGAUUGGAUCCAAGACAAAGCGUGCCCUCUGGGACGACGACUUCCGCACCGGCCUGGCGGAAAUGGCCAGGAAGGACGAAGAGCUCCGCCGACGGAAAGAAGGCAAGGCCGGCGUCCACGGCGACUCUGACUCGGAUGCAACCAGCAGUUCCGGCAGCGAUGGCGAUGAUGAUGACGACGACGAUGACCGUCUCCGCCGCCAGCUAAGGGAACUGGAAGGGGAGGGGGAGGGGGAGCCUCUGACGAAGCUAAUGAGCAUGAAGUUCAUGCAAAAGGCCGAAGCGGCCCGGAAACAAGCAGACGACGACACGAUCCGUCAAAUCCUCCGCGACCUCGACGGCGACGCCGCAGACUCCUCCUCCGACGCGCAAGCCGACCGUGAAGUCGGCCGCAGAAGCUACGGCAGCGCAGACGCAUGCGCCAAACCCGCCCUCGAAACCUCGGCCCGCGCACCCAAACGCACCCAAGACACAGACGUCGACAUCACCAUCAGCAAAAACACCGCCGCCGCCGCUACCAAAACGCACCCACCAGAAGAAACCCCGUCCUCCACAACGGGCGCCUGGUCGCGCAGCUCUACGCGGCGCAGGAAAGCCUACCCCCUACGCGCCGAAGACCUUGAUUUGACCGCCAAUGUCCUCGUCGCCUCACAGCCCAAGCCAAAACCCUCUCACGGCAACAGCAACGGCAACGGAAACGGGAACGGCAACAGCAACGACAGCGACGAAGAAACCUCCGAAGCAGAGCAGCACAUGCCCCUCGCCGUCCGCGACCACGCCCUCGUAGCACGCGCCUUCGCAGGCGACGACGUCGUCGCCGAGUUCGCCCGCGAAAAGGACGACAUGGCGCAAGCAGACGAUGACAAAGUCAUUGACAACACCCUUCCGGGCUGGGGAUCCUGGGUCGGCGACGGCGUCAGCGCCCGCGAGAAGAAGAGGCACCAGGGGCGCUUCCUCACAAGGGUAGAGGGCAUCAAGAGGAAGGACCGGAAGGACGCCAAGCUGGACAGGGUGAUUAUCAACGAGAAGAGGGUCAAAAAGGUUGCCCGUUGGGCCGGAAUGGAUGACCAAGGAGAGAUUCCAGGAUACCACGAAGCCAAGGGUUCUGAUGAAGCAGGGCAUAAUUACGCCAAUGUCGAAGCCGACUGCCUAGGCUAG